AGAUUUUAGUCGAUUUGCUCGUAUUUACGAUUUUUAUAGAGUUGGUUACAUUAAAUCAUUGUUGUGUAUUGUAUAGAGUAAAAGAUUAUUUUGUUGUUAUUUAAGACAUCGCAUUUUGUAUUGCAGAGAAAGUCAUACCAGAUUUUCUGUGAGCUAUUUUGCCAAAGAUGCAAUAAUGGACUUGUCAUUGAACUAUCCGAGUCAGGUCUACAUCCAUGAUCCUAAAGACGUAGCAUUCAUAAAACUAAACGCACCCAUCAUUGGCUUUGGAUCUUCCUUGAAUGUUUCAUUUUCCACGAGGGAGAUUUUAGUGGACCAAUCAGCUUGGGAUCUCAGCGUCAAUCAAAGAGGUUGCAUAUUGCCUGGUGAAAGAGUGCCCUUGAAUUUCCCAAAGUACAGUGAAUCAGCUUGCAAGGCGGAGUGUUUAAUUAAGAAUCAGAUUGAGGUGUGUGGCUGUUGCCAUCAUCUGCUACCUAAAACUGGUAAUUCCAAAACUUGUGACCUGAAAGGCCUUCACUGUCUUGAUAGUAAUUUUUCAAGUAUGAAAAACGUAAAUAAAAAGAGCUCGUAUAAAACCAUUAGAAAGUGCAAAUGUCCUCCUGCGUGUGAUGAAACCGAAGUUAAAAUCAUCUGGGGGAAGAAGACAAGGAAUUCAAACAAAUCAGCGAUACAAGUACAUCUCCAGUUAACUGCUCCACCAACGGAACGUCUCAUUUUGAAAGCAAAAGUCAAUUUCCUAGACUCCUUAGUGGGAUUUGCUUGUUUCACCCGUCUCUUCAGCAGUUCCAGCAUCCUUGGCGUUGUUAGGUCGACUCUGGAUUGGAUGUUCCCGUAUAGGCCCAGGCUGUCCUACAGACAACUGUUGUACUGAUUCAAAGGAACUGAGUCAAAGUUCCUACCGAUUGCUAUCCAAUUUAAAUAAUGAGUUAUGAGACGAAGUUGUGUUUCCUUAUUAGUUAGUUUGUAUUUAUAUAACACAGAAUAAACAGUAGUUACAUAGCCUGUGAAAAUGAUUUUUGAAAUCACCUACUGAUAUGAGUAAAUAAUAUAUGA